CCAUUAUCAUCGUUCAUUGAAGUUGAUAGAAGAGUGUUUUAGACAAAUUUAAUUCACUCACUCAUUUAAAUUUCUCAUUAUAAGUUUAGUGUAUUUGUGUUUAAUUUAACUUUAAAAUGUCCGAAACCAAGGAAAACAUAUUUCUUUUCGUUCCUAACUUGAUCGGCUUUGCGAGAGUAAUCCUUGCAAUUAUAUCUUUCUAUUUUAUGCCGACACACUGCAUCUUGGCGUGUACUUGCUACGUUACAUCAGCUUUACUUGAUGCUUUCGACGGACAUGCUGCCCGAUACUUUAAUCAAAGUACUAAAUUUGGAGCAAUGCUCGAUCAGCUAACAGACAGAGCGGGAACUGCCGGGCUUAUGAUGACACUGGCUACCUUGUAUCCAAAGUAUACCUUCUGGUUUCAAAUUUCCUUGGCCAUUGACAUCACCUGCCACUGGCUCUACCUCCACACUGUAACUCUGCAAGGGAGGACGUCCCACAAGUUUGUUGAUAUGUCGGAGAAUCCCAUCAUGCACUUGUAUUAUACAAACAAAAAUGUACUAUUCUUCAUGUGUGCCGGAAACGAAAUGUUCUAUGCUGCCCUCUAUGUCAUGCACUUUUAUUCUGGUCCAAUAGUGUUUGGUAUCGGUUUGUUCAAACUACUGGCUUUGGUAUCAAUGCCGGUGGCUGUAGUGAAGGCGGCCAUAUCCGUUCUCCACGGCAUUGUGGCUUCCGUCAACCUGUCAAUCAUUGACAUGAAUGAACGAGCCGCCCUCGUUAAGAAGGAUGAAUAGUUCAUGUACCUGUCUCUGUCCUCACUGUCAAAGCUUCCGUGGCUCGAAUUUUUAUUUUGUAUGAAUUUAACGCAUUUGUUGGUGUAGAUUAUAAACACGUAAUGUUUACGUUUACUUCUCUUUUACCUUAAUAGAAGUUCCAGAUUAUUUGUCCGUUUUGAAAUGUUUGCCAAAAUUUUAUUAGUGUAUGUAGGUGUCACGGUAGAUUUGUAGGCUUUCAAGUCUAUGUAAUGUUAUUCUGCACUGUUUUGGUGUUGUUCUUAAAGCAUUUACUCAUUAUAAUUAUUAGAUGUAUGACUUAGUGUCAUAGUGAAAAAGUAUAUGUGGUAGGAGUCGUUCCUGUUAUAUUACGAGAAUAAAAAAAAAAAAAAUACCGCUUCAUUAAUUAAUGUUUUUAUUAUAUUUCUCAUCACAAAAAUGAUUGUUUUUUAAUAAUGUAUUUUCUGUUCCAUAAUGUGAUAAAUUAUUUCUUGAAAUUUGUUUACUUCAAUGAAAUGUCUAGUCAGUGGCUGUAUGUUUAACAGCAUUUAAUGAACUUUUUUAAAUUUCUUUUGUAUAACUUUGUUAAGAAAAAAAUAUAUUUACCAUGUUGUUAUGUAAGGAUAUAAAUAAAAUAUUAAACUAG